AAACAUUUCCAUUAUAUCUUUUGACCAUGUGGUUGAUGAUAUUUGAUUUUUCAUGAUAAAAAUAUGUGUUCGGCAGCAAUAUUCAAAUUAAAAUCAACACUCAUGGCCAAUUCAUCACUGAUAAAUAUGGCCAAAUCAUUAUUGUUAAAUGAUAAAGUGAUUGCUUUACCAACAGAUACUGUUUAUGGAUUGGCAGCAAGUAUUGAUAGUACAAAAGGAAUUAAUCGUUUGUAUGAAAUUAAAUCACGCGAUCACAAUAAUCCAUUAGCCAUUUGUUUGGCCGAUGUUGAUGAUAUUGCCGAAUAUGCAAAGAUAACUAUUCCAAAAAGUUUACUAUAUCAAUUAUUACCCGGUGCUAUUACUGUGAUUUUUGAAAGAACAUCCAAAUUGAAUCAUUCAUUAAAUCCAGGAACCAAACUAGUUGCCAUUCGAAUACCUAAUAAUGAAUUUGUACGUGAAUUAUGUCGACAAUCUGUUCCAAUUGCAUUGACAAGUGCUAAUAUAAGUUCGGAACCAAGUUGUUUAAAUAUUCAAGCAUUCGAACACUUAUGGCCAAUGAUUGAUGGAAUAUUCGAUGGUGGACAACUUGGACAACAAGAUCCAAAAGGAUUAGGUUCGACUAUAGUCGAUUUUUCCACUGAAGGAUAUUAUCGUAUUAAACGUGAUGGCUGUGUUUAUAAAUCAACCGUACAACUAAUUGAAAGUUAUCAUCUUAAACGAUUAACAUCAUGAUUUUAUUUUACAAUUGUUUUUUUUUUCAAAAUUUUGUACAUUAUUUUCAUAUGAUGAUUAAAUAUAUUUUUUUAAAUUUAAA